CAGACGGACAGACCGAAGGCGCCCUGGAAGAUGAACAGAGCAGAUUCGCCAAAACCACCCGUUGCUCCCAAGCCCAAGUCCUCCAGUUCCUUCACUUCUGCGACACCACCCAAGUUUCCUUCAUCGCCCCGGCCCGAGGGUCUUCACAGCCCCAACUCCAUGUCCCGGGGCCCGAAGCCCCCCAUCGCCCCAAAGCCCAGGCUGGCGGCUCCCCACGAGUGGCGGGCCAGCGUGUACGUGAUCGGCAGCUUGAACAAAUGCAGCAACGGGAAGUUGCUGUGUGUGGAUCGAGACCUGUUUGAGGAGCACCAGCCAGACUCAGAACAUGCUGAGGCUGAGGCCGAUGGGGACUACAUUGUGGUCCCUGAGACCCCACUCGGAGACAGCGAACCCCAGGAGGAGGACCCUUCAGAGAAUGCAGAGGAGAUGCCUCCCUGUCCCACUGGGGGAGAGGAGAGUGACCCUGAAGCCACAGAGACGGCUGGGGACAACAGUGCUAAGGAUGAGCUUCUGGAAGAAGAGGAUGAUUAUGGUGAAGGCUCGGUCCCUGCUGAAGAAGUCGAUGGCCCAUAUGGGCCCAGUGCAGAGGAACAGCUGGUAGAGGAACAACACAGCCAGCAGCCCCGAGAGCAAUGGGAUGCUCAGGAUGGGGAUGAGUUUCAAGGUGAUGGUCUCACUUAUAACCAUGCAGAGGCUCUGGAGGAGGAGGAAGAAGAACAGGAACAGAAGCCCAAAGAGAAGGAGGAGGGACAGGAGGAGGAAGAGGAGGAAGGCCAUGUGGACACAGAAUCAGAACUGCUAGAGUGUGUGGAUUCUCACAGCCUGCCUGAAGGGGAGACUGAGGAGCCCCCCAGCCCCCCAGCAGAGGAUGUAGACACGGCCACAGAUAACCCCCCUGUGUCUGAGGAGCAGGAGUGUGAAGAGGCGCCUGUCAGAGACCAGCAGAAUGAUCAGGAGGAAAAACAGGACCCAGUAGCACCAGCCAGCGGGGUCAGCCCCCAGGAUGUGGGAGAAGAGCCCCAGGGAAGCGAGGCCCCCCCAGAAGAGGAGACUGCAGAGGACAGCUGCCAGAUCAUCCCUUACGAGAAUGAAGGUCUGGAAGAUAUGGAGAACAUGCUGUCCGGAAGCCCCUACCAGUUCCUCCCCACGGAGAGCACAUCCUUCUGCAGUAAUGGCUACUCCCUGACAUCCCCACAGGCAGAAGGCCUCGGCCUGGAGGAGCAGGAGGCAGCAGCGGUGGGUGUGGAUGGAGCAGAGCAGGACCCCAUUGUGGCCAGCCCUGGGUGUGCCUCCUUGCAGGGAGAUGCCGAGGAGGGCCCCCUGGUCCCUGAUGUGGUGCUCAUUGAUGACUCUCUCACCAACCCCUACGAGAUGGGGGUUCUCGACCCUGGAGCAGAAGAGAAACCCGGGGCCUGGGUCGAGUCCCUGAGUGGGAGAGAAGAUGUGAACUCAGACAUGGAAGGCAGCCUGGUUCCCCUUGAUAGGAAGAACAUCAUGACAAGGGCCAGGCCCCACUCUGGAAAGCUAGCCGGUGGUGUCCCAGAAACUGUCCCCGAAGAAUCAGGGCCCGAGGCUGCCCUGGGCCUUCGUGGUGGCCCUGAGGAGCCCCCGAAGUCUGUCCUAGCCUCAGAGGGGAAGCCACAGCUACCAGAAGUGAACAGGGCCUUGCCCGCCAAACCCAGGGCCUUCACUCUCUACCCACGCUCGUUCUCUGUAGAAGGCCGGGAGCUGCCCUUCGCGGCCUAUCGGGAGCCAGAGGGCUGCAGCCUGGACGAACGCUGGAUGCAGAGGAAGGAGGACAAUCUGUCACUGCCCUGUGUCAUCGGCUCCUCGGGCAGCUUCUCCCAGAGAAACCACCUCUCCUCCAGUGGCACCUCCACCCCGUCAUCUGUGGUUGACAUCCCACCACCCUUCGAUCUGGCCUGUAUCACCAAGAAACCCAUCACCAAGAGCUCCCCUUCACUCCUGCUGGAAACAGAUCCCUCAGACAAGCAAGCCAAGAAGAAGAAGUCCUCCUUCAAGCGUUUCCUGGCGCUGACCUUCAAGAAGAAAUCCGAGAGCAAGAUGCACAUGGAUGUCCACCUCCCCUCUUCCCGGUCCUCCUCUGAGUCCAGCUAUCAUGGGCCUUCCCGCCUUCUGGACCUGGAUAGAGGGAGCCUAGGCAGCUCUCCGCAGCUGAAGGCUCGAACAGGCAAGCUGAGGGCUUGUGACUCGCCCUCAUCCCUUAUCUUCUGCAGGGAUGGCAAGAGGAAAGGGGUGCCCUUCAGCAGGACCGUGUCCCGAGUUGAGUCCUUCGAGGACCGUUCCCGGCCCCCCUUUCUGCCCCUGCCCCUCACCAAGCCCCGCUCCAUCUCCUUCCCCAAUGCUGACACUUCGGAUUAUGAGAAUAUCCCGGCCAUGAACUCCGAUUAUGAGAAUAUCCAGAUUCCACCCCGGAGGCCAGCAAGGCCUGGCACAUUCACCAAGCUGUUUGAGGACCAGAGCAGAGCCCUGUCUACCGCCAACGAAAAUGAUGGCUACGUGGAUAUGAGCAGUUUCAAUGCCUUCGAGAGCAGACAGCAGGGCAACGACCCAGAUUCGGAAAGCGCCUACACGGAGCCCUACAAGGUGUGCCCCAUCUCGGCAGCAGCCCCCAGAGAAGACCCCACCUCAGAUGAAGAACAGGGGAGCUCAGAGGAGGAGGACAGCACUCCCAGAGACCCCAACCUCACACAUAAGGGGGAAGGCCAGUCCCGUGCCUAUGGCAUCGCCCAGGAGCUGCUGGCAUCAGAGAAAGCGUACGUGGACAUGCUCCAGCACUUGCACCUGGAUUUCCAUGGAGCUGUCCUGAGGGCCUUGGAUGAGAUGGACCAAGAAGGCAAGGACUCACCUGGCAGGGAAGAACUGCGACAUGGCCUGAGCGAGCUACCAGCUCUCUAUGAGCUGCAUCAGGACCUCCUCCAGGGGCUGGAGACGAGACUGCUGCAUUGGGAGAGUCAGCAGAACGUGGCCGAUGUCUUCCUGGCCCGAGAAGAAGCCUUUGACCACCAUGCGGCUCACAUCCAGCAGUUCGACAGGUACCUGAGUCUGCUAGGGGAAACCUGUCUGCAUUCGCCCCGGCUAGCAGCUGCUGUCCGUGAAUUCGAGCAGCAGGGUGUGCCCGGAGGCGGCGUGGCUGUGAAGCAUCGGCUGCUGAAGGUGGUACAGCGGCUCUUCCAGUACCAAGUGCUGCUCACAGAUUAUCUCAAUAAUCUUUGCCCAGACUCAGCCGAGUACGACAACACACAAGGCGCACUGACCCUCAUCUCUUCCAUCACGGAUCAUGCCAAUGACAGCAUGGAGCAAGGGGAAAAUCUGCAGAAGCUGGUCCACAUUGAACACAGUGUCCGGGGACAGCAAGAUCUUCUCCAGCCUGGAAGGGAGUUUCUGAAGGAAGGAACACUGAUGAAGGUGACAGGGAGGACUCGACGCCCCCGACACCUGUUUUUGAUGAGCGACGUACUUCUGUACACAUAUCCCCAAAAGGAUGGGAAGUACCGGCUGAAGAACACACUGAAGGUGGCUGGAAUGAAGGUCAGCCGCCCUGUGAUGGACAAGGUGCCCUAUGCCCUGAGGAUCGAAACCCCUGAGUCCUGCCUAACUCUGUCUGCAAGCUCCUGUGCAGAGAGAGAUGAAUGGCACAGCUGCCUGAGCAGAGCUCUCCCCGAGGACUACAAGGCCCAGGCCCUGGCCGCCUUCCAGCACAGUGUGGAGAUCCGAGAGAGGCUAGGGGUGAGCCUGGGGGAGCGGCCCCCCACUUUGGUGCCUGUCACUCACGUAAUGAUGUGUAUGAACUGCGGCUGUGACUUCUCCCUCACGCUCCGGCGUCACCACUGCCAUGCCUGCGGCAAGAUCAUCUGCAGGAACUGCUCGAGGAACAAGUACCCCCUCAAGUACCUCAAGGACCGGAUGGCCAAGGUCUGCGAUGGCUGCUACGGGGAGCUGAAGAAGAGGGGCGGGGACGUGCCCAGUCUGCUGAGAGAGCGUCCCGUGAGCAUGAGCUUCCCCCUGGCUUCUCCCCGCUUCUCCAGCAGCUCCUUCUCAUCCGUCUUCCACAGUAUCAACCCCACCACCUUUAAGAAGCAGAAGAAAGUCCCAUCAGCCCUGACUGAGGCCUCUGUGUUCUCCUCCUGA